ACCCCUGAUCAACGUACAACACCCCACAUCUCAGCUCUCACUCUGCCCAGUCAACGGCAGUUCAGUUUUCCUUCACUCCGUCCCGCGGCAUGCUUCUCCUCAGCCCCUCGCCGCCGGCUCCCGCCGCCGCGGUAACCGCCCCCCGUCGUAUCCUACUUGCUCCCCACAGGCGCCUCAAUGCUACGUCCACCCCACCGCGCCUCGCCUGCCUCCGCCUUCGCCCCGCCACCCCGCUCCGCGCCCGCGGCAUUCCGUCGAGGACCGGGUGCCGCGCGGCCGCCGAUGCCGAUGCAGCGCCCUCCCAGGCUCCAGGCGGCGAUGGAGGCGUGCGGGGCGCGGUGGUGCGCGUCGGGGAGGCUCUGUCGCUGGGGUUCCCGGUGUGGGUGGCGUCGGCCUGCGCGCUGGCUCUCUGGCGGCCGCCGGCCUUCCUCUGGGUCGGACCCACCGCGCAGAUGCUCGGCCUCUCCUUCACAAUGCUCGGGAUGGGAAUGACAUUGACUUUGGAUGACCUCAAAACCGCAUUAUUGAUGCCGAGGGAGUUAGCUGCUGGAUUUAUACUGCAAUACACGGUGAUGCCACUGUCAGGAUUUUUUGUGAGCAAGCUGUUGAAAUUGCCAUCCCAUUAUGCUGCUGGACUAAUUUUAGUGGCCUGUUGCCCUGGAGGCACAGCGAGCAACAUUGUGACCUAUUUAGCAAGGGCAAAUGUUGCUCUUUCAGUCCUGAUGACAGCAGUAAGCACUUUUGCUGCAGCGUUCAUGACCCCUCUCCUGACAUCCAAACUUGCUGGGCAAUAUGUUGCAGUAGAUCCAAUGGGACUGUUUGUGUCCACAUCUCAGGUUGUCCUCGCACCUGUCCUUUUGGGUGCUCUACUUAAUCAGUAUUGCAAUGGUCUGGUUCACUUAGUGUCCCCGUUGAUGCCCUUCAUUGCUGUAGCGACAGUAGCUGUUCUCUGUGGCAAUGCUAUUGCACAGAACGCUUCAGCAAUCCUAGCAUCUGGGUCGCAAGUGGUUUUAUCUGUUGGUUGCUUGCAUGCAUCUGGCUUUUUCUUCGGCUAUGUUCUUUCAAGAUUACUUGGCAUUGAUAUCUCUUCUGCAAGAACAAUCUCUAUUGAGGUUGGCAUGCAGAACUCAGUGCUGGGCCUUGUCCUUGCAACCAAGCAUUUCGGCAACCCUCUCACGGCUGUUCCAUGUGCUGUUUCGAGCAUCUGCCACUCGGUCUACGGUAGCAUUUUGGCUGGGAUCUGGAGGUCUAUGCCCACCAAGGACAAGGGAGAAUGAUGCGAUGAUCAUGUCAACCGUCUGAAUUCUCUGUUCUCUUGAUGUAUGAAGGAUUAUACCCGUGGGAGUAAGCCGUUGAUAGAAUGACGGGUGGUUACACUGUCAGUAGUAGCACUUUGUGUAUGAUCUAUUGCAGCAAAGAGUAAACACGUCAGGGUGGUGUGAGCUAUAAAACACUAGGCUGCUAGUGGUUCAUUUCUUUUCUGGAGAUCUCUUGACGAGGGUUUCGUUGGACUCGGAUAGUGUAGUUGGUGAAUACUGUACAUGAUUGCUAUGGAUAUAUAUACCAUGGCAGCUUGUUUAUCACACAUUGACUUCAACAGCUUGAUAUAAUAAAACAGUAACGCUCAGGUAUAA